AGCCAUGAACGCCGAGACGUGCAGUGCAUACAGCGACAUGACCUCCAUGGAUGCGUUUUAUAGCCCCUCUGCAGCACAGGGUCGGGACCACCAGGCGGACCACUUGAGGACUGAGACCAAAUGCAAAGGUCACAUGUACGGAGACAAGUCCCGGAGCCCCUUCCUGCAGGAGUGCCACACACUGGAUGCUGGACAGGCCGCCUUCAGCAAAUUCCACCUCUUCAUGCACAGAUCCCCCUGCAGGACACCUCCGGAGGAAGGUGAGGAGCGACACUCUGCAGACAUCCUCUCCUGCUAUGGUAAGGACACUUCCAGUCUGACAGACUCUGACUUGACUCCACUCUCCGACCAUCCGACGAUGGACGCCGGCUACCAGGCUGCGAAGGCGGCCUCUGAUAGGUCGACGGGCGCCGAUCUCGCCGGCCCCCACGACAAGGGCGACGGCGGCGAGAGCAACAAGGGCAAGAAGAGGCGCAAUCGCACCACCUUCACCAGCUACCAGCUGGAAGAGCUGGAGAAGGUCUUCCAGAAGACGCACUACCCCGAUGUUUACGCCCGUGAGCAGCUGGCCCUGAGGACCGACCUGACGGAAGCACGUGUGCAGGUGUGGUUCCAGAACCGGCGUGCCAAAUGGAGAAAAAGGGAGCGUUUUGGUCAGAUGCAGCAGGUUCGAACGCAUUUCUCUACAGCUUACGAGCUGCCGCUGCUGACACGCCCUGAGAGUUACGCACAAAUACAGAACCCAUCCUGGAUCAGCGGCAGCAGCGCGGCGUCACCCGUGCCGGGUUGCGUCGUGUCCUGCGACACGAUGACCCCCUGCAUGACCCCUCACCCCCACUCCGCCAGCGGGGUGUCCGACUUCCUGGGUGUUCCCAGCCCCGUAGGUCACAUGGGCCAGGCCCACAUGGGCGGCCUGUUUGGAGGCUCUCCGGGCAUGGCUACGGGCCUCAACACGUACGAUCUCAACAUGGACCCUGACCGCAAGUCCUCCAGUAUCGCCUCUCUGCGCAUGAAGGCCAAAGAGCACAGUGCGGCGAUAUCUUGGGCCACAUGAUGUGUGGUUCCUACCGAAGGGGUGUGUGUGUGUGUGUGUGUGUGUGUGUGGGAAGGAAAUCAAACCUAGCACUAACACUACAGGCAACGCUGACUACCUUCAUUAAAAGUGCAUAUGCAAAUGAGGAAGCAAUUUGGGUUUGAGACUUUUGAUGUGCAGAACUGAUGUUGAUACCAAACAGAUUCAUGCACUUAUUUGCUCAAAUACAGGAAGUUAUUGUACAGCACUUCCAGUGCAAUUUGGUGUUAUUUCUUAUUUAAAUAUUUUGCUUU